AAAUGUCGACGAAAGUAAAGGAAGACAUCAAGAUCACAGUGUUUUUCUCGAAUCAUAUGAUUGUAGUGUAUAUUUGAUUGGAUUUUUAUUUAUUUAAACAAUUAAGAUGCCUCAAACUAAUCCAAAACCUCGUCAAAAGUUGAUCUACCAGCACCAAGACUCAUCCUUCAGUCUAUCAUCAUCAAUAGAUGAAGAUUCCAAUCGACUGAUGGAUUUUGAAGAAAGAUCUCCAAUGAUUCCAACAAAAUUGAUGAAGAAAAGAUAUAUUUUAGAAGAACAUGAUGAAAAUAUCAAUCAUAUGCAGCAGAAUUCCUGGUUGCUGAUCUUGAAGAAGUUGGGCGUCCUUAUGGAUAUUUUGUCGAGGAUGCCUCUGCCGCCUGCCAACGUUGGAGGAAUUGCAGUCGCAACAUUAAUGCUGACGCUUUUUGGACCAAAAACUUUAGUCCAGACUCUGAUCUAUCCUGCAUACAGGCAUUGUAUAGGAGGUCUAUAUCCUGCUUACGCCUCCUACAAAGCAGUUAGGAGCAAAAAUGUACGGGAAUAUGUAAAAUGGAUGAUGUACUGGAUAGUUUUGGCAACCUUCAGUGCCAUAGAACAAAUGGCAGAUCUCUGUCUGACCUGGUUGCCAUUUUAUUAUGAAGUCAAGAUUUUGUUGAUUUUGUGGCUACUCUCUCCGGCCACUAAAGGAAGUUCUAUGCUAUAUAAGAAGUUUUUGCAUCCUGCUUUGGCGAGACGAGAACAGGAGAUCGAUGAAGCUUUAUCAGUAGCUCGUGACAAGGGCUACAGAGCAGUCUUACAACUUGGUUCAAAAGCUACAAAUGCUCUUUUGAAUACAGCCAUCAAGAGUAGCGGAAACUUGAUGCACCAAUUGAGAAAAACCCAUAGUCUGAGUGACAUUCCAGAGGCUCCUAGUCUGCGAAGUGGUUCAGAUGAAGACUAUAUUGAUGAAACUGAGGAAUGGUCUGAUGCCAAACGAGCAAAUAUCUCGUCUUCCAUACUGAGAAGAAAAAGCGAUAUUUCAAGACAAAGACCGUUGAGUUAUUCUGAGGACAACUAUAGCAGAGAGAAGACAACUCCAAAAAUUAGUCGCAAAGCAUCAGAAGAAAGUUCAGGAUAUUCCAGUUCUGCUAGUACGGAACCCAGGACAUAUCCAAAACGCGGCAACAAUGACCUGACUGCCAAUUCGAUAAUACCCGAGGAUCUGGAAUAUUACGAAGACCAAGACAAGGUCCCGUACCAGCCUUCCUCUGGUAAUAAAAUUGAUUGCAAAUCUUAUUUUUACAAAAAUGUUACUAUAACAGAUGUGACGAACUUGGAGGAUGUUUUGGAAAUUGAUGAGAUAUGUCCAGAUGUUAAAAAUAACAAGAUGUUUGAUAAAGUUGAGUGUGAUUUAGACGCAGUGGAGUUGCAAAAUAGUUGCGAGACAUCGAGAGAUCAAGAAAAAGUUGAGGUUAAAGAAAUGCCAGCAGGUGAACAGGAUGUUUUGAAUACUGGUAAAACUUUUAGUUCAAAACCACCAAUAUCAGAUCCAAAUUGGUCAAAAUUUAAACCAACAAAGACAACAACCAAAGAAAUUGAUAUCAAAUCUAGUGGAAGCAUAUAUAAACUUUCCACAGACACCAAAAACGAUUCUGACGAUUCCGUUGACGUAAUUAUGUUCGACAAAGCAUUUGACAAGAAAAUCAACCUCGAUAUACCAAAAAAAUUAGCAGUUGAUAUACAAAAUACAUCAAAACCACAAACAUGCAAAAUCCCGGAAAAUUUUAUCAGAAAUUUAGAUUCUGAUGAAGAAACGUAUUAUGAUACAUCGGAGAUAGAAGAUUCUUACAAUGCUGAAAAUGUAGUUUCUGGAAAUAUUUCUAUAAAAAUUUCAGUUGAUGAGAAAUCCAAUUUGCCAAGCACUUCGAAUGAAAACAAUAAGGUAAAUAAGGAAUCAGUAAAUAAGAAAGUGCAUGUCAUUGGUAAGAAAAAAGCUCCUGAGCCACCAAAUAAAGAAAAACUUCUCGAAAGUCAAAAAUUAGUAGAAAUUAAUGCUGAUACAUCACAUACAAUUGAUGAUGCAUUAGAAAGACCACAAUCUCCUAAAAAUUCUCUUGAUGAUGUUAAAUCUAGUCAAACCAAAAACCAAGAUUUUGGAGAAUCUUCUAAAACUUCAACAAGUUCUAUAAAAAACACAGAAAUUAGGAAUAAAAGUCCAUCACCUUUUCCAGAAGAAAAACAGAAGAAACAAUCUGGAUUAUCUAAACUCAAAGGCAAAUUAACAUCAUUUUUAGGAACACCCAAGGAUAACAAAGACAAUGUAUCAAACUCUGGAUCAUCCCAAACGAGUUUAAGGAGCCAAGAUGAUGAUAAAAUAGUGAAAAUUACAGACUCUGACGCCAAAUCCACAACAUCCAGUGUAUUUGAAACAGAUGUCUGAAAAAUGAUGAUUGUGUAAUUUAGAAGCAACAUUUUAGUAAUUUUUCGAUGAUUUGGAAGAUAAUUGUUAAAAACCAAA